AUGGCACGUGUCAAAGCCAUUCAAGCAGAUGAUACGCUUUCGUCUCAUUUCCACGAGUUCACCGGAUUAUGCAAGCGGAUUCAAACAAGGUCGAGGCACUGGAGAUUCUGGGCAAUCUUCGUUGUACAACAAUGAGCGAAGAUGGAAAGAUGACGAUAGUUUCAGUGCUCUUGGAGCCACUGACGAACUGUCAUCAUUUCUUGGAGUAUGCCAAGCAUCGGCGCAAGUUGACGGAACAAUGAAUGAUGUCGUUGAAACAUUAACACGUCUUCAAUGCUGUCUGCAAGAUGUUGGCGCACAUUUGGCGACUCCCCCAAAAAGUUCAUCGGACAGAAAGCAAAGUGUGCUCUAUAAGUGUUUUUCAUAGUCUCUUAUUUUUCAGAAAAGACAGCUUUCGAUGCGGUAAUGGUAGAUUGGAUAAAUGCAGAAAUCGACCGUUAUGGUGAUGACCUUCCAACAAUCAGCCAGUUCAUUCUGUCAGGUGGAGGUCUAACAUCGGCUCAAUUACAGUACUCGAGAGCGGUUUGCCGACGUGCCGAAAGAUCUAUCGUUCCAUUGCUAAGAGAAGAACAGGUGGAUCCAAUGGCAUUAAAAUUUCUCAACAGGUAAAAAAUGCGGUUGAAAAUUAAUUUUGAACUUAGAAGAAAUUCAAAUCAUUGUAAUAACAGGACUUUUGGAACCUGGGCCCGCUGCGCGGGCUGACUCGGGAAUGGAUUGCACUUACCUUGGGCUUUUGGAAUGGGACCCACAUGAUUCGAAAGAGAAUUUCACGGAGAAUCCGAAUCUGCUCUCUAUUUUUGCUAAAGAGUUCCAGUGCAAAAUUCAUUUUUUAACAUGUAAUCUGCAGUUUGGUGCAGAGCGUGUGGGCGCCCGAGCGACGUUGUCACUCGCCCAGUUGCAGUGCCAGUGCUUCGCCAGCCACAGGCAGAUUGCAACGGACUACUGGCGAAGCAAAAAAUGAAUUUUGCACUGGAAUUUCAGAUGCGAUCGCCAGCCAGAGCUCUUUAGCAAUAAUGGAGAGCAGAUUCGGAUUCUCCGUGAAAUUCUCUUUCGAAUCAUAUAGGUCCCAUUAGAAAAGCCCAAGGUAAGUGCAGGCCAUUCCCUAGUGAGCUGACGUUUAUGCCGCGUCCAAAGUUUAAGAAAAGCGUCCAAAGUUCAAGGAAAUCCCAGCAAAAUCCGCGUGAUUUCCGGGUUUUUUUUAAAUUUUGGACGCGGCAUUAAAAGGGGCUUUGCCGCGUGUUUGAUUGUCGGAACAGAUAGUUCACGUGUUCAUUCUUCCUUUUUCUGUCACAAUACGUGUGUUUUUCGAAAUAAGAAAUUUAUAUUUAGUCUGCGGAGUGAUAAGUUAAGUUUGAAAAAUGAAUAUUUUAGAAUGAGUGACCUGUUAUUCGUACUUGGUCGGACGGCAUGCAUGCGCAAUAAGCAGGAGGAGCUUACCUAUCUUCGUCCGGACUCCUUCACUGCCAUGAAAUGGGAACGGAAAUCUCUUCAUGAGAAGAACUGA